AUGUACGAUUUGAAGAACAAAAUAGUGGUUGUGACGGGGGCGUCUAAUGGUAUCGGGGCUAGUUUUGUUAGAGAAAUCCUUAAUGAAGGGGUUAAGCACGUAAGAUUGUUAGAUGUAGACGAAAAGGCAGGACAUGCACUACAAGAGGAAUUAGGACAAAAACAUGGAAAGGAUAAAGUUAAAUUUGUAAAAUGUGACGUCACGAACGAUGAACACUUUAUCGAAGCUCUAGAAGAUACCAAAAAGGAGAAUGGCUACCUAGACCUUCUAGUUAAUAACGCUGGCGUAGCUGAGGAAGGCAACUUUGUGAGCAUAAGAAAACUUAUUGAAAUUAAUAUUACAGCAUUAAUAAAUGGAACUCUCAAAGCUAUUGAGCUGAUGCGUAAAGAUAAGGGAGGAAGAGGAGGUGCUAUCAUCAACGUAUCCUCAAUAGGUGGACUCUUUCAAGUCCCACCUAUGUUCACUUAUUCAAUGUCAAAGCGUGCUGUUUUGCAGUUCACAACUUGUGUUGGACGGUUUCCCUGUGAGAAUACUGAUGUGAGAGUAAUGGCUGUGUGCAUCGGUGUCACCGAAACAGAUAUUUUAAAGAAACUUAAAUGUUACAACAAGGAAAUGGAUGAAGAGGCGCGAAAAGUACUCUCAAGACACCCAAUGCAGAGCGCCAAAUCAGUAGCCCGCGGUAUGAUCGAAAUGUACCAGAAGGGAGGACCAGCUUCUUCUUGGCUGGUACGAGCAGACCGACCAGCCCAGGACAUCACUGCACAGCUGAAUAAGGCAGAUGAGGAUAUGGAAGCGAUCAUUAGAAAAUUAGACUAGAAUAGUACUUUUAAAAAUUGUUAUGCAUUUUUUAGAGAUUGUUAUUUUGUUUUGUGUAUCGAAUCGCAAAAUUGCCGACAAAUACACA